UGCCCACACGUGUGCUUGUAACUCGGCUCUGGGUGCCCUGGCCCCGCUGCCACCAGCCAUGGGUCGCUCCCGCCGGACGGGCGCGCACCGAGCGCACUCCCUGGCCCGCCAGAUGAAGGCGAAGCGGCGGCGGCCGGACCUGGAUGAGAUUCACCGCGAGCUGCGGCCCCAGGUUUCCGCACGGCCCCGGCCAGACCCCGGCGCCGAACCCGACCCCGACCUGCCAGGGGGCGGCCUGCAUCGCUGUCUGGCCUGCGCGAGGUACUUCAUCGAUUCCACCACCCUGAAGACCCACUUCCGAUCCAAAGACCACAAGAAAAGGCUAAAGCAGCUGAGCGUGGAGCCCUACAGUCAGGAAGAGGCCGAGAGGGCAGCGGGUAUGGGCUCCUAUGUGCCCCCCCAGCGGCUGGCAGUACCCACAGAAGUGUCCACAGAGGUCCCUGAGAUGGACACAUCUACCUGACAUGGCCUGAGGAUGCAAGGCAGAGGAGCUUCCCAUGGACAGUGGUGCAAACGCUAGGCUGGAGAGACUGUGCCAACCUAUUUUGGCCCUGGGUUUGGGAAGUGGAUGGCCUAUUCUGGGUGCCCUCCCCCCGCCCAAUAAAGGAAUUGAAUAAAGGGAGCUUGCCUCUGACUCUAACCUCCAGGCCACUCCCCCAAACUCCUGCCCUGUAAGGGUUUCUUUACUACUCCUGUGUCCAGGGACCAGGGUGUCUAUUCCUCACUUGGUCCAGCUUUGGAACCUGCAUCCUUGCCCUCCCUCAGGGGUCCUGGCAUCUGAGCUGGAGGCCCCAGACAGAGCCCACGUGUGGGGCGGGAUCGGGUUUAUACCGUCCUGCUUUCACUGAGGGCAGAUUGACCCCCAGCGAAGAAGUA